CGCCCUCUGCGGUCAGUUUCUGAUGGGUCACAGAUUUCGGUGUAACACCGGUCCAUGCGCCACCAUCGAAGAAGAACGAUACAAGGACAAAACAUGUCGCUGCCAUCCAAGAAAGUGUUCGAGGUCUUCGUGUCUAAAAUACCGUGGACUGUAGCCGGCAAGGAGAUGAGAGAGUACUUUGGACAGUUUGGCCCUGUGAAGAAGUGUCUUCUUCCAUUUGAUAAAGACACGGGCUUCCACAGAGGCUUCUGCUGGGUGGGUUUCACAACAGAGGAAGGACUGAACAAUGCUCUUCAAAAAGACCCACACAUGCUGGAAGGAGCAAAGAUGCAGGUUCAGAGGAACAGACGUCCAUUUGUAGGGCAGAGGUCAAACCGAGACAGUGAACAUGAGUGAAGCUGUGUGCUCUUCCCGAAGACUCAAUUUGUCCUUGCUGCUUGAUGUUUGAGACAUUUAGACCACUUUACCAGUGUGCUGUAUAGAUAAUCUAUUUCUCUGCGUUUGUACACCUUUUAUUGACUAUGCUUACCAUUGUUUUAAUGUGUAGCAGUCAUUAUUGUCACUAAUACUAUCGUAAUUCUUGUAGGCAUCACAAUUCUAAUUUUACGAUUAGAGCAAUAAAACAGUGUUGGGAUUCA